AUGACUAUGCCAUGCGUUGGUUUUUAUUUAUCGAUGCUCGGUCUCUCUGAUGCAUCGAAAGAAUCAUGUCAAUAUAUCUUGGGACAAGGUCACGGCAAUAGUUUGAUGUUGGUAUUGGGUGGCGUCAAAGAAAUCCUAGAUGCUCAUUCAUCAUCCGAAUAUAUUUUAACACUUAAAGAUCGCAAAGGUUUUGUUAAACUUGGUCUUGCAUAUGGUGCUAGUCUUGUGCCGGUAUUUUCUUUUGGAGAGAAUGAUCUCUAUGAACAAUUGGCGAAUCCACGUGGAUCAAAACUACGUAGUUUCCAGUUGCUGUUGAAAAAUAUGACAGGCUAUACAAUGCCACUUUUGAAGGGACGCGGUAUUUUUCAAAAUUAUUUCGGUUUUAUGCCCAAGCGGCGACCCAUCGACUCCUAUGUUGGGAAACCUAUUGAAUUACCGAAGUUAUCAUGCGAUCAGAUAACUGAGCAAAUUAUUGAUAAAUACCAUCGACAAUAUAUGAACUCAUUGAUAUGUCUGUUCGAUACAUACAAAGCAAAACAUGGCGAAAGAGACGCAACGAUCAAAUUUGUUAAUGCUGGUGAUCACUAG